AGAGAAUAACACCAAAAAUGUCGUCAAAUUUACCAAGACUUGCAGUUCGCCAAGCUACAACAAUCAAAAAUAACCCUUACAUGAGUGCUCGAGAAACCAGCGAUGAUUCCAAAGCUCAAAACAAUGAUCGAGUAACUCCAACUAACACAGUAAAGAAUGGACCUGAACCAGUGCCUGUAGAAAAGGAAGGAUUUUCCAUUGCAAAAUUCUUCGGAUUAAGAUCCUUGGACCAGGCGUUGAUUCAAAAUGUGAGAAGAUUGGUGGAAGAAGAAAGAGAUCGCCAGAUGGAAUUCGAACGAAUGCAUCACCCGAAUUUGAAUUACUAAAUCUCUGUGUAUGUGGUCUUCAGUGUGUCUAUAUCCCCCUCCCCUCGAGGGACACAAAAGCUGGAAACAUUACGUCAACUCAACGCUAUCGAUUCUCCAAAAUUACAUGGAUUUGCAGUUUUGCAUGUGUUUUUUUUCGUCGUUGUGAAUUGAAUUUUGAAAAGUAGUGAACUCGUCCACGCGUUCCUUGAUCAACUUCCGUUAUUGCCUUACAAUUCAAUUGUACUCAAUGCGUUCUGACUUGUAUACACAGCU